UAACACUUUAUCUUGUUGUUUUCUUUCAAAUUUUCGUGUUCCUGCCAGACACCAGAGUAUAUUUUUUGUUAAGCUUCUUGUCGAUAUUACAAACAUCCUUUCGGUGGAACAGGAUGAGCUUCUGCAAAAAGGGUGAGCAGCGCCAGGAGAGCGACACCUUGGGACCCAUGGAGGUGCCCAUGGAUCGCUACUUCGGAGCUCAGACCAUGCGCUGCAUGCUCAACUUUCGCAUCGGCGGCGAGGAAGAGCGAAUGCCGCGCCAGGUAAUCCAGGCAAUGGGCAUCCUGAAGAAGGCGGCUGCCGAGACCAACCAGGAGUUCGGAUUGGACCCCAAGCUGAGCUCGGCGAUCUCGAAUGCCGCCGAUGACGUGAUCUCGGGGAAGCUCUACGACGAGGGACACUUUCCACUGCCCAUUUGGCAGACGGGAUCCGGAACGCAGAGCAACAUGAACACCAACGAGGUGAUCGGCAACCGAGCCAUCGAGAUUCUGGGCGGAAGGAUCGGCAGCAAGGACCCAGUACAUCCGAACGACCACGUGAACAAGUCGCAGAGCUCCAACGACACCUUUCCCUCGGCGAUUCACAUUGCGGUGGCCACCGCUCUGGCCAAGGAUCUGAAGCCAGCGGUGACGGGUUUGCGGGAUUCCCUGCAUGCCAAGUCCUCCGAGUGGAAGGACAUCGUGAAGAUCGGAAGGACCCACACCCAGGAUGCAGUGCCCCUAACCUUGGGUCAGGAGUUCAGUGGUUAUGCCCAGCAGCUGACCAAUGGACUGGCGAGGAUUGAGUCGGUCCUUCCGCGGGUUCAUCAGUUGGCUUUGGGCGGAACGGCAGUGGGAACUGGAUUGAAUACCAAAAGGGGUUUUGCCGAGAAGUGCGUGAAGCGGAUCGCCCAGCUCACAGGACUCCCUUUCGUGGUGGCUCCCAACUUCUUUGAGGCUCUGGCCAGCAGGGAUGCCAUGGUGGAGGUGCAUGGAGCUCUCAAUGUCUUGGCUGUUAGCCUGAUGAAGGUCACCAAUGAUAUAAGAUUUCUGGGAUCGGGACCGAGAUGCGGUCUUGGGGAACUCCAGCUGCCGGAAAACGAGCCGGGCAGCUCGAUCAUGCCUGGUAAGGUGAAUCCCACGCAGUGCGAGGCCAUGUCCAUGAUCUGCGCCCAGGUGAUGGGCAACCAUGUGGCGGUCACCGUGGGUGGCGCCAACGGACACUUCGAGCUGAACGUUUUCAAGCCGCUGAUCGUGUCCAAUGUUCUGCGAUCUAUCAAGCUAUUGGCGGAUGGAUGCAUCAGCUUCAAUGGCAAUUGCGUCAAGGGCAUUAAGCCCAACAAGGAGAAACUGGCCAGAAUUGUGAACGAGUCGCUAAUGCUAGCCACCGCCCUCAGUCCGCACAUUGGCUAUGACAAGUCGGCCCAGAUCGCCAAGGCGGCUCACAAGAAUGGAACCACUUUGAAGGAGGAGGCCUUGAACGCCGGCAUUUCGGAGAAGGACUACAACGACUGGGUUCGUCCCGACAGGAUGCUGGGUCCUUCUUAGGCUCCAACCAUCUUUGAAAUUAGUCAUUGCCAUUCAGUGUCACUGCAAUACUUUUUAUUGAAAACCAUCAAGUGAUCUGUAAACAACAAGAAUUAUUCUCGAAGAGUUGUCCACCUUAAAACGUAAAAAUUAAAGUUGAAUUAAUUCUACUUA